AUGGCGUCCAAAGUGCAACCCCACUCGCCCUUCUCUCGCCUUUCGCGCUUCCUCAAGUCCGGACCCUCGUCCCCGGUUCCGCAAGAAGAAGACCCUGAGAACGAAGACUGGUACAUUCCCUACAACGGGCCGUAUGAACAACCGCAGACACCAGGCAUGCAGCAUGAAGGCGAACGGGAUAGCUGGGGGCAGCUGGUAACCGGGUGGCUCGCAGAUGACGGACGUAACGGGAGUGAUCGGUAUGGCGGCUCAACUCGCAAUCGUGCCGUGUCCCAUGCGUCUGCUCUCACUAAUUCUUCGGGUGUGGUGGAUCCACAUCGUCAGAGCUCUCACGCUGGUCGUACCUUGGCUCGUCCACCGACGGCGCCCAUGGCGCACCUCGCUCAGGUCGGUGGAAUUGGGGAAGUGCCAGUGCCCCCGCGUGAACCGCAGACACCGCGAAAAUCAGAGUCGAACCGUCAGAGCUUUGUUAAUCUUCUGGCACGAGGCUUCGCGGUACGGCAUUCAGCCUCCGCCGGACAACUCGGCGGCGGCGCAGCUGCCACUCCGACCACAUCUCGCGCUACGGCUCAGGAUCCAGAGGACACACAGACUUUGUACGUACGGCGGCACCCAUACGCAUUCCCCUUCACGGCGCCUUUGACGCGCGACCGUUCACCCUCGACCUCACCGCGACCCCAUGUCACGGCUCGCGAUGUCCCUAAUCAUAAAACCGCUCACGCGGAGACACCUGCAUACCUGAAGCCUGCGUCCAAGCCGCGGCGCAGCCUCAAGGCGUCGAUCUCCACGCCCAAUCUGCGCGACCCUCCCUCCUCGACGUUACCUCCAUCAGGACAUAGCCGAUCCGCGAUGCCCAAGGGCAGGCAACGGUGGCUAUCACCGGAAACGUGGUGCGAUGCGAUAAUCCUUCCAAGACCGCGGUUUGCUAUACGCGUGGAUCCAGGCGGGGGCAGUGGGAGGAUUGUAAGCCCUCCAGGAAGCCCGGUAUGGCCGCCUGAGGCUAAUCCGUUUGGCCAGGGUCGGCCGGUGACGGUAGUGGGAUCUACUGUGGAGACUGAUGUCGUUCGGCGGCCAUAUGAAGCUCGACCGUCUGUGCAAGAAGUACGGGAAGUAGCACCUGUCGCAGGUCCGUCGCGAGUACAUGAGGAUCCGGAGGAGCGUGCUAUUCGAGAGGAAAAAGUUGAACCGGCGACAGUCAGGGAAGAUGCGAAUGCUGCCUCUGAUAAAUCGAAACUCAAGCCACCGCGUCCGAAGAGUUUUGCGUGGGACGAUCUCGCCCUGCCCAGCCCGGCUCCUUCAUUGUCGAAGGUGCUCGAAGAGGGAAAACAGUUGGAGGAACAGCGCAAGGCGUGGCAGUCGCAAGCGACGCGCUCAUUCCAGAACAAGCGCACACGCUCGAUGUCGCGCGCGCGUGCGAAGUCGCUGGUGCAGCACAAUGGCCGCGCAUCGGCCAUGGACGUGCUCGCGGAGCGAACGCUGCUUGGGAACCAGGCGCAUCCGCCAAAGGUGCAUAUCCGCUUGCACCCGUCUCAAUCACAGCUCUUCCAUGUGUCGGAGGAUCACGAUGCGGCCACGGGUACCGGCACCGGUGCCGGGACAGGGACAGGGACGGGUGUCGGUGUCGCCACGUUCACGUCUUCCAUGUCUCAAGGACAUACGCGUUCGCAUGCCCACUCGAACUCUGUGGGGACGAACGCGUCGUCACGGGUCCAGACGGACGAAUCGUUUAUGUGGGGCGCGUCUGGUGCGCCCGGAGGGCACAAACGCACGCACUCACUCGGCAAGUCCGCAUUACGUCUCGUGCGGACAACAGCCUCUUCGGCUGCGAAUUUCUGCGGCUUCGCGAGCGCAGAGCGGAUCGUGGACGGCGACCCUGGAACCAUGUCUACUGUGGCCGAGCUCUCUGGGGCAGAGAUGCUUGAAAACGCGUUGCAAAGAGAGGAUACACGCGUUAUCCGACUGCGAGACCAGAAACGCACGGAAGAUCGAAACGCAGGCAGAAAGAAUGGCGUUGUGCUGAUCACCCCAGCCACUCCCUCCGCUUCCCGCAGUCCGGAGCUUUCCCCUGGACGCUGGGGACACUCUGCCGAUGCAGGUCCUAGUGAGCCGAUCGGCCUUUCACCUGUGCCUUCUACGGGAUCAAAUUCUGCUGAGGGCGUGGGCAUUGCAAUAUCGACUCCAACGCCUUCUGACGAGGCUGCGAGGCAAGUGCGGCCUGGACGGGAGCCCCUGAGGAUUGCACAUCCAUAUGCUCAAGGGGGAUUCUUCGUCCCCCGUGUAGAGAUCGACGGCGAGACGGACGCUGGGCUAUCCACGCUUCCUCCUCGAGCGGAAAACGCUUUCGAACGCCACCGACAGCCUGUGAUUGUCCACCCGUAUUCGCCGUAUGCGCAACAUCGCUAUUCAGGACGCGCAAGGUCGCAUACGGUUCAAGAACCGGUCGACGCAAGCGACUACCAGGAGAUAGAGUUAUCACAAGGCGGCAGCAUGUUCGCGGAGCUCACACCAGGCUACAUCCGCGAGUUCCAGGCGGAAGACCUAAGAUAUUCUCCCUCGAUCGUAGUGCAGCCUGUUGAGCAAGAGCAGCGGCAUGAUGCAAGUUCCAGCGGUCCUAUGCGCGUCCAUCCGUACGCAUCGCAAUCCAAGCGUGUCAGCGAGUGGGGCUUUGCGGAUGCGUUGACGCACACUAUGAGAGGCAGAGCAAGUCCAGAUAGCGGCCUGGGCACGAGCGAGAGCCAUGCUGUCGCCCAGGACGCUGAUGUGGGCCCUCCCCCUCUCCCAAGCGUUCCCGAUAGCGCAAUACACAUCCCAGAACCCCCGGCCGAGUUCUUCAAUGGCAUGUUGGCGGUACCAGAGCGGAGCCCUCGAAGUACGCAGGAGCGGCCAGGUAUUGGCCGAGAAGCCACGCAGUCAUCGUCCAAUCAUACAUUUGCAUCGUCUCCCCUAGAAAACACUACUCCUCCCUCGUUCCGACGCCACGGGUCUUCAUCGGGCAUGUUCACUGACAAUGCGGCUCACUCGGCAGGCUCAUCUCCGGGCCUGGUGUCGCAUGAAUCUUCCCCGCCGCUGUCUCCUCGUCCUCUCAACUCCUCUGGCGAUCUGGAAAGAUUCCGUAACCUGUUCUACCAGCCACCUGCCAGGAAUCGAUCGCCUUCUGAGGCAUCAUCGAAACGUGACCAGCCUCGUCAGCCUAGCGAUAGUUCUCCUGCUGAUCUGUCAUCUGAGAGUACUCGCAGUGUCAGCGGACUUACGACGUUGGCUCGGCAACUCGCUGACGACCUCGAGGAGCUUCGCGAGAUCACAGGAAACAGGGAUACAGACGAACAUGUCGAAGCUUCAUCCCCAAUGUGGGGCAGACGGUUUGGUGGUUUACGCGGACAGCGCCCUCAUGAAGCGAGACCAGACCCCAAUAUUGUCCUUUCACAAACGUCAUCUGGAUCAAGCCCUUCCACAGAGGCUGCAUCACCAUUGCACUUUACUCUCGAUCAGCACGCAUCCCUGGCACCACCUACCAUUAACGUUCCGGAGGAUGUCGAAAGUGCAUCCCUCAACUCAUCGGACUUCGAGCCCCCAGCGCAGGAUGAGCCAAACGAUACUCUGCGGGUAGGUACUGUCGAGGCGUUAGCAACUCCUUCGCCCUUGAGUAACCCCCAACGGUUGUCAAGUCGGCUUUCGCUCAUCCAUUUUGUCCAUGGCAAUGAGCGAUCUCGCAGGGAAGAUCGGUCAUAUGGGAGAGUCAGUUCUCAAUACUCUAGUUUGGGUGCCCCCAUCUCCGAUGGAGCUCGGUCGAGCUUCAUGACUAACACUUCCAGGAUGUCCGGGCUCUCGGACUUCCCCGUGCCACCAUCCGAGAUCACGCCCGAGCACAUGUCGGUACUGAAUUCAUAUUUCGAUGAGAGCCCUUUGGCACAACCUGAACGCCCAUUUGAUCCUCAAUUUGCGUCCCGCGCCGAAGGCUCACUGGUCCGAGAAUCUAGUAGGGGCACAUUUGGUCGUCAGAACGAUAUUGGUCACGCUCUCUAAUUAUUACUCACAAACUACAUAUUCUACAUUCCUCUAUACCCUAUUGCUGUACCCGCCGAUGACCUGGACUUUCACAUACCACUGGUUUCGUCCUGUUAUUAUAUAUUCUUAUUGUAGAAGCGAUAAUCUGAUUGCU